AUGGCAACCUCACGUUCGUUUUCGGGGGUCCUCUCCCUUCUGCUACUGUUCCAACUGUCUUCUUUCGUUUCUGCUGCCCCAUGGAUUGUCACUGCGGACUACCAGGAGGUGGUCACCACCGAACGGCAUUACUAUGCAACAUACACCACCACUCUCGUUGAGCAAAUCACUCCCACCGUCACGUCCAUGCCUGAGGCCGUCUCAACCGCCACCUCCCUCGGCUCUUCAAACUACUACUACUACUACAACGACGAUGAAGACGCCGAGAAGGAUGUGACUAUCAUUCAACAGCUUUACCCCACAGGCGUCGGAUCCGUGGUUGAUGAUUACGACUAUGGUUACGGCUAUGGCUAUGACGACGAUGAUAUCUACCACAGCACCAAGUUCGUUGUCAACAUGACUUAUUCAGCGCCCACCGGUUGCUCGUCUCGCUGGACCCAAACAACAGCCGUCGAGGUUGUUCCGCCCACAGAGGUCCAGGAUCUGCUCCCACGCACGGCUGUUGCUACAUCGAUCUCGGUCGAUUCCUCGAGGCCUUUUCAGCCCACGACCUACACCAUCGACAUUGUCUAUGUUGAUCCGACGCAGAUCCCCACGAGCUCACUAGAGUCGAUGAGCUUGUACAACCGGCCUACCUCAUUGUACACUGCUUCCAGCUGUGCCUACACGGGCAGCAACGGGAACGGCUACUACAGCGGCAGCUCGUACUACGGCGACUACGGCUAUGACGACGAUUACAACUGGUUCACAGACGAUUAUUACGUGGGCAUUUCCCCGUUGGCCCUCACCCUUAUUUUGACACUUGGCUGGAUUGGCCUCUGGUUGAUUUUAGGUUUCCUGGAAGCGUGGAUUCGGUUCCGCCGCCUGAUGAUGGGCUGGCAAACACGUCGCGGUCUCCCCGUCUGCUGGUCACUGACCAUUCUCCCCUUCACUCUGUUACUGCUAUGCUUUUUCCGGAAGGGUUAUCGAGCACGUACCGAUGCAGAUGGGGAGGUCCUUCGCAAGCGGUGGAAGGCAAUGGGGUUCUGGACUAAGCUGCGUCUCUUCUUCGUCUGGGGAUUCCGGUACAAAUACCCGCCGGUGUUGGGUCCUGCACCUGCCCGGGUCAAGACUAGCAAGCAGCCAGCAAAGAAUCCCGGUCCUCGACUGUUGGAGCCCAGUCCCUCGCCCAGCGUGGCGCCACAAUCGCGGCCAGGAUCAGCCUCUGCACCCACCGCUGCUGCUGCUGCUGCUCCGGCUUCUACUUCCGCUGAUCCCGAAAUGGCGAUCGUUUCUUCCACCCCAGUCACGCACCCACAAGAAGCCACUGUGCCGCCGCCAACAACGACUACUGCCCCUGAAGCGCCAUCUCAUCACCAGGAUGAUGAGAUUAGUCGGGCGAACUGA